GUGUCUCAGCCCCGCCCAGCUGUCUGGAGGAGCCGUGAAUGGAGAGAGUGCCGCGGCUAGAGGAAGCAAGCCAUGUGCUAAAGGAGGAACAGGACGCGCAAGAGAAAAACCACCGUGACUAAAAAGGGGGGAAAUAAUGUCAGCUCCACUGGUCUGUACACCACACACAGGGACGACAGUAGAGCGAUACCAGACAUGAAGCGAAAUUGGCCUUUUCUCCACAGCAACCCCAAACGACACAGGAAUAGCAGCAGCAACUUCGCAAUUGAUGCGGUGUUCCAGUUUCUCCGCUUCAUGCUUUGGUAGUGGCGUUGCAUGGGUGACGCAGUAAACACGUAUCAAGAAGGCAACUUAUCAUAUUGAUAACUUUUGCCUGAGAAUAAAACUGAGGACAGUAACCACGGACGACAUGAAAUAGUUGCGGAAAAGAGCAGGACGUUUGUGUGACUGGCUUGGAUUUCUAUCCCUCUGCUGCAACAUUGUGAUAUUUUGAGUUUCUUCUGAAAGAACAAGAAUCGGUCGCUUGACAUUGUAUCUCACAAAACGGACCGAAAAACAUUGCGUUGAAUAGACAUCGUUAAGUGUGCAAAUGUUUAGAAUAAAAAGCAUAUUGAUUUGGAAGACCAUAAAUUGAAGGACACAUUGCUGAAUGGAUGUUUGCGAGUUCUAUUUACGACGAGGAAAGUUUUAGAAAGUAGCCUAUGCCAUGCUGGAAAGGAAUGGAUUUAAAGGACAAACAGCUGUAUACUUGGCGUCAGUGAAUAAUAAACAAGAUAUGAUGAAUGUCGCGCAAUGUGUUCAAAUAAGGCAUUCAUCACUUACAGUUAUUGAAGAAAAUGGAUUUGAAUAGUUAUUGUAAGGGCUUGCCGUGCAAAAGGAGAUCAACGAGCCGAGUCAUACAUUGAUGAACCUUCAUGGUACAUAAUCAAAUUUAACUUCAUAGUCAGUGCUGCAUCUGCGUGGACUUCUCACUAAUGUUCUCACGAUUGGGAAUGUAUAGCUACAUGGGCCUACAUUGUAAAUCUUCAACUGAAGACGAAAAACUGCAGCUGAGAGUACCUGGAAUGUGAAUGUGGACCGCAACCAACCUCGUGCAUCAUGAAUAACACCAGGUCCAUUUGAACAGCAGUGGGAAACACUGUAGUUGACUCAGCAUAAUUUAUAGACAACAACGCGACGAAUUAUAUCGCCCUUUAUUCGUAAUGGACAAGAACUGUUUAGCUUUUCAAAUGGAGUUGACUCUUAUGGUUGUUGCCCUCUUAUCUUGGGUCGCGGUAUGGGCGGACGAUAGCAAAAUAAUAUCAGACAGAUAUGCAGUCUACUGGAACAGCACAAACCACAGGUUUCUCCAUGGGGAGUACACCGUAGAGGUGGCCAUCAACGACUACCUGGACAUCUACUGCCCCCACUACGCAGAUCCGCUCCCCCUGGAGCGCAUGGAGCGUUACAUCCUCUUCAUGGUCAACUACGACGGCUACACCACCUGCGACCACCGCAUGAAGGGCUUCAAGCGCUGGGAGUGCAACCGGCCACAGAGCCCCAACGGACCACUCAAGUUCUCUGAGAAGUUCCAGCUCUUCACUCCCUUCUCACUAGGGUUUGAGUUCCGGCCGGGUCACGAGUACUACUACAUCUCAUCUCCACACCCUAACCUUGUUGGGAAACCCUGCUUGAAGUUGAAAGUCUAUGUCAAGCCCACAAAUGACUCAGUGUAUGAGUCCCCAGAGCCCUUCCUGACAGACGACAGCACCGGUGGCUGUUGCGUGGCCGCCCCCUGCCUCUUCCUCAUGCUGGCCAUGCUGCUCACGCUUCUCCUGUCCUCAUCAUAGCAUCUUGGGCCCGCCGGCCGUACCCCCCUUGAAACAGCCCCCCACCCGACUUCCCAUCAAAUCUUCCGCCUCUGCCCCCUGAGAGGAGACAAGCCUCCUCCACACCCCAUCUCCCCACGCCUGUCCUCUCCUCCUCCCAUAUCAGUCCACUCUCCUGCACCCUCCAUCCUCCACCCUCCACCCCUCGACAUGCACCAUCUGGACACUGUAAACUCAUACUGCCCCUCCCUCCCUCAGAACCCUCCAACUCCUCAGCGUAACCCUUGCUUCAUGACCUCUGGCUUCUGACCCUCAGCCUACAGCUCAAGUCCAGGUGGCGAUAAAGUGGAGUAGUCCUGGGGACCAGGAAGGAGUCACUUAAGACAAGAAGGAGUCCCUUAAAGGCAGGAACGAGUUCCUUAAAGUCUUUACAAAAACAGCCUCCCAGCUGCAGAGGAGCGCUGGGAUGUGCAAGAAAUGGAUGGGGUUUUGAACCGAACUGAGCACAAACUCCCCUCUUACGUGUCUGGAUGGUCGACAGUGACGUCUUCUCCACUUCAGAACCCUCUCAUGUGCAUCUUCAUCUUCGGACUGUUUGCGUUUCUCUUUGAGUCUUUGUGCUUUGAUUAUGGUCAAUAGUGUCCCACUUGUACAUGUCCAUUCUGUUACAGUGUAUUAUACAGUAGUAUAUUACUUUGUCACGUUGGCUCCUGUGGUGAUAGAUCAUAGGUGAACCUUCUCUUUAUCUCUCUCUCUCUCUUCUUGUGUGUCUCUGACCAGUCUUUCUCUCUCUCUCUCUCUCUCUUCUUGUGUGUCUCUGACCAGUCUCUCUCUCUCUCUCUCUCUUUCUCUCUCUCUUCUUGUGUGUCUCUGACCAGUCUCUCUCUCUCUUCUUGUGUGUCUCUGUCCAGUAUCUCUCUCUAUCGCUCUCUCUCUUAUUGUGUCUCUGACCAGUCUCUCUCUCUCUCUUCUUGUGUCUCUGACCAGUCUCUCUCUCUCUCUCUCUCUCUCUCUCUCUCUCUCUCUCUCUCUCUCUCUCUCUCUCUCUCUCUCUCUCUCUCUAUCUUCUUGUGUGUCUCUGACCAGUCUCUCUCUCUCUUCUUGUGUCUCUGACCAGUCUCUCUCUCUCUCUCUCUAUCUCUUCUUGUGUGUCUCUGACCAGUCUCUCUCUCUCUCUAUCUCUUCUUGUGUGUCUCUGACCAGUCUCUCUCUCUCUCUCUUAUUGUGUGUCUCUGACUAGUCUCUCUCUAUCUCUCUCCUUGUGUGUCUCUGACCAGUCUCUCUCUCUCUCUCUCUUCUUGUGUGUCUCUAACCAGUCUCUCUCUCUCUCUUCUUGUGUGUCUCUGACCAGUCUCUCUCUCUCUCUCUCUCUCUCUCUCUCUCUCUCUCUCUCUCUCUCUCUCUCUCUCUCUCUCUCUCUCUCUCUCUCUCUCAUUGUGUGUCUCUGACCAGUCUCUCUCUCUCUCUUCUUGUGUGUCUCUGACCAGUUUCUAACAUCUUUGCAAUUUCUAGCAGUAGCGUCCCAGAGUAGAUGAGGACCUUUUCUGUAAAUCUGCCAAAGACACUUGUUUAACUUUUAUACCGGGAGAACAGGGGGGUGGGACAGCGCUGUCGUGGCUCUCCAACAAGGUCGUAAGCAGCCAUAGACCUCUGUGUAGACCCUCUGAAACAUGCCAUGGGGGUCCAUCACAGACAGAAGAUUGUAGAUUUUUUUAAAAGAGGAUCUUUUUGUCAUACAAAAAAAAAUGUUAUGUAAAAACAAACAAAUGAACCGUUUCAAAAAUGGCC